ACUAAUAUGCAAAAAUACCAUAAAAUACCAGUAUGGUACUAUAUGGUAUAACAUGGUAUAACAUAGUAUUUUAUGGUAUAACAUAUAUACAGAAACAUAAAAUCACAACAAAUAAAACACAAAACUAAUAUGCAAAAAAUACUAUAAAAUACCAGUAUGGUAUUGUAUGGUAUAACAUGGUACUAUAUGGUAUAACAUACAUACAAACUUCAACUUACCAAACACAUUUAAAAUUCUUACCUUCCGAUUCAACAACACUAUUAGAAGAACUAGAUCGAGUAUUAGAUUCAUUCAAAGAAACAAUGACGCCUUGAUUGAGAUCACUCAUUGCACUAAAAAAGCUCAGUCAACAGAGAAGAUUCAAAAAAUUCCUGCACAAAACAUAAAUUCAACUACGGAUCAAUCAACUGAACAAACUUAUACAAACAAAUCACAAAGAACAGAAAAACAGAGAGCACAAAAAGAGAAAACGCAGAUAAAUCAUAUAUACACAAAAUCAAAAACAAAUUACAGAACGGAAUCAAUGCGAAAACGUAAAAUCCUACUAUCACUACAAAUUACCUCGAUGAAGACCAAACAGCAGCCAGCAGAAACUUCAACACAAGCAAAAUCGAGCGAAAACCUCGAGCAAAAAAGAAGAAAAGAGAAGAUUAAGCUAAGAAUCGCGUCCUCCACCGACCUUCUAACAACUAUAACUCGCAAAACCGCCGCCGAUCGCGUCCUCCACCGACCUUCUAACAACUAUAACUCGCAAAACCGCCGCCGAUUAAGCUAAGAAUCGCGUCCUCCACCAACCUUCUCGCCAUCGAGUAAUCCUUCGGAGAAAAACUCUCGAUUGCUCUGUUUAUUUCUCAUUCUCUCUCAUGAAUCCAAUUCCAGCUCGCCCGAGGAUAAACCAAAAAGGAAUAAAGAGGGAAGGACAUAAAUUCAAAUAAUGGACAAAAAUACCCAUGCCCCACCCCGCUCCGACCCCAGCCGUUAGAUCUCCCCGCUCCAGAUGGACGGCUCCUGUUGGGUUACUGACGGGUGCAUAACCAUGGGUUAUGCACCCUAUCUUGGACCUAUUACAGAUCCUUUUCCUUAUGGAACUCUUGGCAUUACGAGAUGCUAUAAAUUGGUGCGUUUCUCAUGGUUUCCUUAAUCGAAUAUUUUUUUUUUUUUUGGAUUGUCAAACACUGGUUCGUCGUGUUCGAUAAGGGGAUGUGGCGCAUAGUAGUACCGUUGGCGCGAUGCUGCAAGAAGUGUGCUUGGCUGUAGCUGCUUUUUCUUUCUCUGUCGCGUGUUCCUUUAUUAUUCACAGAUUCAAUAGGGCUGCCCAUUUAGUGGGUAAGAUGACUCUCUAAUUUGUCGAACAAAAAUUCAAAGCCUCAUUAGUUAAGAUUCACGCCGCAUUGCAAAAUUUGUGUCACCCCCACGCCGUCCAUUUUCUUCCAACCUCCAAACAAAAGUCAACGAGACAACAGCUAGCAUUAUGACUUUUAUAUAUUCCUUUCCUCCCCCGACGUUUUUUCUCCGCCUAUAUAUUUCCGUACUGCUCAGUACUCACUAACCAACCCUCAUCAUCAUCAUAAACAAACAGUCCAAAUUAAAAAUGAAUUCUCCCACUGCAAACCCAACAACAACAACAACCACCCUCCUCCUCCUCCUCCUCUCACUCUUCAUCACCGCCGUCUCCGCCGCGGACGACGGCGCGUGCGGGGCCGAGACUUCGAGCUCAUGCAACGACAAGUCGGGCGCCCUGUCCCUGAAACUGAUCGCCACGUUCUCCAUCCUGGUGGCCAGCGUGAUCGGCGUGUGCCUCCCGCUGACGACGCGGUCGGUGGCGGCGCUGAACCCGGAGAGGAGCCUGUUCGUGGUCGUGAAGGCGUUCGCCUCCGGGAUCAUACUGGCCACCGGGUUCAUGCACGUGCUGCCGGACUCCUUCGACAUGCUGUCGUCGGGAUGCUUGGCCGACAACCCGUGGCACAAGUUCCCCUUCACCGGGUUCGUCGCCAUGCUGUCGGCUCUCGUCACGCUCAUGGUGGACUCCAUCGCCACGAGUUUCUACAGCGGCAAGUUGAAGACGGCGGCGGCGACGACUGAUGGUGUGGAGGGAGAUCGGGAGAUGGGAAACGCCGUCGUUCCGGUGGAUGCGGAGGAGGAUAACGGCGGCGGCGGACGUGUUCAUCACCACGGGCAUCACCACGGGGUGAAGGUUUCGGGUGAGGAUGGUGGUAAACAGCUAAUGCGGUACAAAGUUAUUGCCAUGGUGUUGGAAUUGGGAAUAGUAGUUCACUCGAUUGUGAUAGGAUUAUCAUUGGGAGCCUCCAACAACACUUGCACAAUCAAAGGGCUCGUGGCGGCCCUUUGUUUCCACCAAAUGUUUGAAGGGAUGGGGCUCGGUGGCUGUAUUCUCCAGGCGGAGUACAGCAAAGCUAAAAGGGCGAUAAUGGUGUUCUUCUUCUCGACCACGACGCCGUUUGGGAUCUUGGUGGGGAUCGGGAUGUCUAAGACUUACAAAGAGAACAGCCCGACCGCUUUGAUAACGGUGGGCCUGCUGAACGCGUCGUCAGCUGGGCUUUUGAUCUACAUGGCUUUGGUGGAUCUUUUGGCUGUGGAUUUCAUGGGCCCAAAGAUGCAGAGCAGCAUCAGGCUUCAGUUGAAGUCGUUCGCGGCUGUUCUGUUGGGGGCCGGAGGAAUGUCGCUCAUGGCUAAAUGGGCUUGAAGAAUAUUUAGCCCAAAUGUCCGAAACAAUAAACUUUUUCAUGUAUUUGUGAGAUGACUUUUGGCCAUCUCGUCGCAAAUUACUUGUCUUGUUAUUUACUUAUAUUAGCGGCACGAUCACACGAUCACAAACUCGUUCAUCUUUUAUAUUAUUAGUUGUUAACUAUGCGAGUUAAUGUUUAAUAAUACCAAGUUGUUGAG